AUUUAAAUAGAUUAGUGUCGUGAUUUAGUGAUUGUGGUUUUAGCUUUGGUGAUUUGAACUAUGGAAAAAAAUACUUAACUUCUGAAAUGAAUGCACAAAAGUUUUCAACAAAUAAAAUGCACACCCAAGCAAGUGAGCUUUGAAAUAUAUAUCCAUAGAAACGGGCAUUAUAAUAUUAUUUUCAAGGAUGAAAAAUGUAUAACGUCAAUGUCUAUUUGAAGCAAGCAGCGCGUUAGCAAAUUUCUGCGACAUCGUCUACGGUGAACGACGUUCUCUGACCGUUGGAUCGUUGAUACUCUUCCCUGGACUGCAUCAAGAUGGUUGCUUCCGAUGAGGAGAAUGACAGACUUCAGGCGAAGAAGCUUCCUCUGAGCUCGACACGUUGCCUGGAAGAGAGCGACCAGUGCCCCGAUAAGGACCGUCUUGUGAGGUCCACGCCGCUGCUCAAUUCCCCUUACGGCCAACCUGAAGGCGAUCGAGAAUCGUAUGAGAAGGAAGGUCUUUAUUCAAGUCAUGGAAAUCAAUGGGAUAGGCCUACCUCGGCUCACAGCCUUACGUCCCGGACGUAUUCAGGCUUCAGAAACCGGCCGGUGUCUCGGGACGUGGCCUGGGCGGUCAACAUGAACCCGAACAACAACAACGACGAGGACGCAGAGUCUUGCAGAAAAGGCCGCUGUGGUCGUGACAGUGUGGACGACGAAGGCGGGAUUUCGUUCCUAUCCGUCCCGAACGUCCCUCUGCGACGACCGUCAACUGCCGACGUUGUCAUCGAAAAACUUCAUGUUGAGCGAAACGAAGGUGGUGGUUUACUGAUAUCAGGCGUGGCGCUGUCGCCACACUGUCACUUGACUCUGAUCAUCUGUGGUGCCUUCUGCCUGCUGGCGGGGAUGGUCUUGACUUACGUCGCCUUCGGGCCCGCCAACAACCCUGACCAGACUGUGGCCUCAUCAGCAGCCUUAAGGGCGCCUCCACCGUCGACCAUUUCUCCGGCAGCCGCGGAAACUUUCGAGGCUGAAUUUCAGGUCCCGAAGUUUCUGGAAAAUAGUGCCGCACAGACGGGAGCUCUGACUCAGGAAGUUCAGAAAGGGAAUGGAGAGAACGAGCAAAUAAGCAAUGCUUCAUCUCAUAAGAAACUUGGUCAUCCAUCGAAAAAUUUGCGGAUUAUUGGCCCCAUCUGCAUAGCUACUGGAUUACUCAUGAUCGUCGUGGGCAUAUCGUUCUGCGCGUUGGGACGCAAGAUCCAGCGCGACGAGCGCGAGAACUCGCGUCUUGAGUCCGAGGCGCAGUUGGACCAAAUCCGCCGCAGCUUCUCCAUCCCCAGCGACUCCCCCACCAGGGUGCAUGCCCCCACCCCCCACCAGGCAUUGCCUGUGAUGUCCCUGCGCAGGAGCUCCUGGUGGAUGGAUCCUGUAUCCUUUGACGCCGUCUCCCCUCCACCGCCGCUCUCCCCUUGCACCACAGCCUCCACCCCUCACUCCGCCCUCUCCUCCAGAGGGCCCUCCCCCAGUGCAGGAUCACGGCCGGGCACCGGGCACUACGCCAUGCCCGUGUGGGCGCCGCCUGAGCGCCGGGAUGUCGCCUCCUUUCCGCCCGACGACUUAGUGCCUCCCAGUAAACUAAAACGAGUUACGAUGAAUGCACCGGACGAGGCGCGCACGGUCGAAGAGGUUGCGGGUGGCAAUUCAUUCACAGAAACUUUCAAGUUCCGCACAGAAAUGAACUACGGCGACCUGACGCGCGCGGAAACUUCGCCGCCAAUUUUUGGAGGCAGUUCAAUUGUUGCGGACGGGGCAGUGAGUCCGCAGCCAGCGCAACGCAACGCCAGUCUACAGCGGUCCAAUGUGGCGAGGCGGACCAGCGUCGUGGCUGUGGCGGACCACAACAUGCCUUUCCAAGUGCCCGUCAUACAGGUGACACCAAGCAGCUGUUCCAGCUCCGCCGCGCAGUCUGUCGCUGCAUCGCCGCGUCCGGUCUCAGACCGCUCGCUGGACAUGUGAUCCUGCCUUGUGAUUAUUUAGAUACGUCGCUACUAAACUACCGUAGACAAUAAUUAUACCUUACAAUAAUAUUUA